UGUGUCAACACAACUGAUAAAUAUAAAUAAAACUGCAGAUAUUACCUGUGUGAUGUCAGGUCGGGCUACAAAGACCUCGUGAAGAGGCAAGAAGGACCUGAAAAUAAACUCUGAUAUUAUACAACUGUGUGAUGUAUUGAGAAAUAUCCAGACUGUCAGUAUAGGAGCAUACUAGAGAUUACAGACUUGAAGAUGAAGGUAGCCAUUAUAGGUGCAGGCGCCAGUGGGUUGACUGCCAUAAAAUGCUGCCUUGACGAAGGUCUGGUACCCACAUGUUACGAGCGUUCAGAGGAGCUUGGUGGACUUUGGAACUAUAAGGAUGAUGUCAGACCUGGCCAGGGCAGCGUCAUGAAGUCUACAGUGAUCAACACAAGCAAGGAAAUGAUGUGUUACAGUGACUUCCCGAUACCAGCUGAGUUCCCAGUUUUCAUGCACAACAAGUACGUGAUGCAGUACUUCAAAAUGUACGCAAAACAGUUUGGGCUCGAAAAUUACAUCCAGUUUUCUACAGAGAUGCACAUCAACAGUUUAAGACUUACCGGUACUGCAACUUUAAAAAUACUUCUAAAGAUGAGGAGAAAGCAUGUUAAGAUUGUGUCCUUAAAAAGGAGCAAAGAGUUCAGCUCUACAGGGCAAUGGGAUAUAACAGUCAAACACAAAACUACAGGUAAAGAGGAAGAGCAUGUAUAUGAUGCUGUGCUGGUCUGUACAGGUCACCAUGCCGAUGUACAUAUCCCACAAUUCCCUGGACUCGACAGGUUUAGGGGCAAGGUCCUGCACUCCCACGACUUCAGGCACACGGCAGGCUAUGAGGGUAAGAGAGUCCUCAUCGUCGGGAUAGGUAACUCUGGUGGGGACGCAGCAGUAGAACUGAGCAGAGUUGCCUCCCAGGUUUUCCUAAGCACAAGACGUGGGUCCUGGAUUUUAAAUCGCGUGGCUGAUCACGGUCUUCCACUGGACAUGGCAAACUUAUCAAGAUUUACCACCACCUUGGCCUCCUUGAUGCCCAACCUUGCUCAAAGCUUUGCAGAGGGACAGUUAAACAAAAAGUUUGACCAUGCUUUGUAUUCCUUGAAACCAAAGCACAGGAUUUUCCAGCAACAUCCCAUGGUAAACGACGACCUUCCAAACAGAAUCGCCUGUGGCGCAAUAAACAUAAAAUCCAAUGUCAUGGAAUUCACUGAAAACGGGGUACAAUUUGAUGAUGGUACUUUUGUAGAUGAUAUUGACGUCGUCAUCCUGGCUACUGGCUAUGUGUUCGGGUUUCCAUUCAUGGAGAAGGGGCUGAUCGAUGUGAGGCAGAACAAGGUGGAGCUGUUCAAGUACAUGUUCGCGCCGGAGCUGGAGCGACCGACGCUGGCGGUGGUCGGAUGUUUUCAGCCCAUAGGGGCCAUCAUGCCUAUCUGUGAGCUCCAGUGUAGACUGGCAACACGUGUUUUCAAGGGUGAUGUUACACUACCCAGUAAGGAUGAGAUGUGGUCGGAUAUUCGUACGAAGGCGACUAUAAUGUCACACAAAUAUGUGGAGUGCCAGAGGCACACGAUUCAGGUGGACUUUAUAACGUUCCUUGAUGAGCUGGCUCAACUUAAUGGAUGUAAACCAAACUUUGGUGCUAUGUUCUUACGGGACCCAGUUCUGGCCUGGAAGUGUAUCUUUGGCCCCUGUACGCCAUACCAGUUCCGACUUGAGGGGCCAGGCAGAUGGAAAGGGGCCAGGGCGGCCAUCAUGACCCAGUGGGACCGGACGCUGCAGCCCUUGAAGACCCGACCCCUGGGGGCUGAGGUUGAGGUCAAAGGGUCGAGUCUGGGUUUCUUGAAGUUCCUUGUGGUAUUUGUGGGACUGUUUGUGUUGCUCUUGAGUUUCUGUAUGCAGUAGUAUUGAAUGGGUCAGAGUGCUCUUAAGUAUGUCCAAGUUGGACCUUUAUUGCUUGCAAACAUUAACCAGACAGUGACCUUCAUGCAUGAAUAUUACCAGUAAUUACUGAAGAAAACAACAUGAAGCAUAGAACAUGUGAAUCAGAUGAAAUGUUCCCCAAAGAUAAAUGUUCCCCAAAGAUAAAUGUUCACCUAAGAUAAUGUUGCCCAAAGAUAUUGUAAUGGUAUUAUUAAACUUGUGAAGCUCAGUCUUAGUAGAGUAUAUAGGAAUCAAUGUUAUCACAUGCCAUACCCUGUUUCCAAUGUAAUAUAACCAUUACAGAUAUUUUUAUCUUACAAUAUAGCUACUUUUUAAGCGUUUUCAUUGGCUUACUUUUGUUCGAUUGAGCAAUUGCAUUUUGUUAUUUUGUUGAAAUGACAUCACAUAUUGUAAACAACAUUCAGGAUUUAUCAUUAUGUUUGCGUAAAUAUUUAUUUAAUUUGCUCAUUUAAAAGCAUGUGAUAAAAAAGAUCUGACACUCGUUGUCAUUUCAUACCAUAUUUUAUUAAACUCGUCCAGGAAAUUUGUUAGUAAGCUCGCCAAAGGCUCGCUUACUAACACAAUUCCUGAACUCGUUUAAUAAAACAUGGUAUGAUAUAACAACUCGUGCGAGAUCCUACAGAUGUAUAUGUAUUGCCUGGGUUUUAUGCUGAAUCAGUUAUUGGGGAUCAAGUUUCUAAGUUAUAGUCUGAAGUUUAGGUAUUAUGUGUGAAAUAUUGAUUUAUGAGUUUUAAUUUUCUUGAAGUUCAUGACUUAAAAUUGUUAAACAUACAAGUACAAGUAAACAUGGAUAUACCCUGGUGAAGUUGACAAACUGGGGGCAUUGUAUGCAAAGAAUAUCUAUUGACCUCCUAAUAAUUAAAUACUAUGAUAAAUCUUACAUUUGAUAAAAAUGUUAUCAUGUGUGCAAAUAUGUUCUGUAAGAGAUAAAGUACAGUCAAAACUGAGAGCAGCAGUUAGUCAAGGGAAAUUACCAAAAUGGCCGUUGUCCACAGGUGACUGUUGUUUUCGGAUCAUGAUUUUUAGAUGGUUGGUCAGUUGGUAGUAUUGCUACAUCGUUACCCCACCCAGUCGUUUGCAUACAGUGCAAAAAAGGCUCAUUGCCGAUAACUCAGCAUAAUUUAACAUACUUAACUUACAUUGAAUAAUACAGAAUAAUAUCUUAUUUUGAUUUAAUUUCAUAUUGUUAAACUGAAUCAAUGACUUUAUGAACGAUAGUAUAAUUGUUUACUCAUGCGUUCAUUCAGUAAAUUAAGCUUGUCACAUUCCAUUGACGUCACGUCCGAUAUUAUAAAAAGAGGAUUCUCUGUCAUAAACCGAAAGUAUGGUGUAACUGUACUGUUCUCAUCGAAAGAAAAAGACGCCAAAAUGUUGUAAAAAUUUAUUCAAACCCCACACUAAUAGCAUUUUCAUUCAAUCAACCUCAUACAAAAUAAAAACAUGAACAAAUCCUCUUUCAUAAAUCACCGGAGGGAAGCCCAUAUUUGUUUAUAUAUGCUAUAAUAGAGACUAUUAUAGACUAUAUAUUCAGUGAAUGUUUUGCCUUUAUAGACGAUCACUAAUCCUUCUAUCACCUUCUUAAAAAACACUCGCCGGCUUAAUGUUGUUGUCAACACUUCAGCGAUAAAGAUCAAUUGACUUUGUCACACGCUCAUGCGUUAUGCCUGGAGCCGAUAAUUGCUCCUAAUACACUUUGUUAUUGUUAAUUUCAUCUGUUACAUGCCAUCAAAAUGCAAAUUCAAUAAUUUUGGUGAGACAAUUAAACUCUGACAAAUUUUAUUUUGAAGAUACCCCCAUAAUUAUCCCCAGAAAACAAACCUUCUCAACACCCUUUUAUUUAAUAACUCGCAUCGGGCCGCUUGUAUGAUCAUAUGAAAGGCAAUUACCGCUAUCAGAUGCUUUACCCGCUAAAGUGACGGACAUAUGAUGUUCUGUGUUUUUACUUUUCGCGACUCGAAACAACUGACGCGUGACGGUUGUCAGUUCAAACAUGACUUUCGCAGUGGAAUAUACUGGCCGCUGGUCAUUAUGGAAGAUUGACCAUUAUUCUUUAGUGUAUUAUAGAGUGAUUUUUGUCGGGGUGGAAUCCGUACUGACCAUUGUCUGCAGUGGACCGUUAUUCUCAAGUGACCGUUAGGUCAGUUUUGACUGUAUUCCAUAUCUGAGUAUCAUAAGUUAUGUUGUUGUGAAAGGUCAGUUUUGACUGUAUUCCAUAUCUGAGUAGCAUAAGUUAUGUUGUUGUGAAUUGUUAACACUUUUUGUAUGUGAUAUGCUUUUUGGUCAUUAUUAUUUACAGUUUUAUUGUCUGCUGCUUACAAGAUGUUGUUUUCUUUAUAUGUUCAAAUAAAGUGCUAUAUUUGUAAUCAUAACUUGCAUAGAACUGUUUAUCAUUAUUAUGUAUAUUAAAUAUUCUUUAAUUUAAACUACAUGUUGCUGGUUUACUUUAUGGGUACAAAUAUGUACAGUUACUGAGUUAGAUGUGCUUACUAUGAUGUGUCUGCACAAGUAUAAUUUAAUAUUUUCUUCAGGGAAUGCUGACAACAAUUACUGAUUACAUGGGACAUUCAGUAAAAUAUUAGCUACUUCUUUUUUUUUAAAUUAAAGAAUUAUAUUACAUUAUUAUUUAAAAUAACAAAUAUGCUAAGAUAGAUUGUAUUUCUAUUACAUAUGAUAACAUUUAGAUAUAUAUAUUUGCUUUUGUGAUUUGAUGGACCAAAUCAAACUGAUUGUUUACACUUUCAUGUUUUAUUACAUAUUUACAAGUAGAUAUUCAAUGUUCUUACAAGAAAUAAUAAAUAAACCCUCAAAAUGUA